UGAUUAUUUCAACAGCCAAAACAAAUGUUUACUGAAAGAUACCAGAGCGCAAUCGCUGGCUGAGCGUUACUUGAGUAAGAACUUGCAACCUAUUCUGGUGGAGUUAGACUGAGUGAAUCAAUGUGAGAAUCUUUUCGUCGGCGUUACGAGACAUCUCGGUGAAAAGCAGUGAAUCAGUUGUGUGUGAGCGGCGGGCAGGCAGCGAUGCGAUGCGAGUCUUCACAAGGGCAAGAAGAUUACGAUUUUCACGGAAAGUAUGCUUAGUCAUAAUUCCUGUCGGCUGGCUUACGAUUUUUAUCACUUUGUCUUUGUACAGUGACCAUGAAAAUAGCGGUAAGUUUUUGUAUUUAGCUUAUGCAUUUCGUGCUACCAUGCGCGUCUUUCUUUCGCAAGUCGCUGUCAAAGUGUUGGUGUCUCUCUAAUAACUACUCCACAGGCAUGCAGCGAACAAAUGUUUCCAUAACCGUACAAACUAUGCUUGUAUACAAACACUGAAAUUGUAAAACGUCGCAGUUCAUUUACCUCACUUUGAGAGCGGUUUUCUUACCUAAAAAAAGCUAAAGGAAAAGGAACUUGUUAAAUGACCUGACCUGAUCUUUGCGAUGAAGACUAAACCUUUCACAAACCUAUGGCUAAAUUCAUGCGGAAAAUUGUGAAUUCUUUAUCUCUUUCAUUGUAAAGUAGCUCUUGCUUUUUAGACAAUAUCUGCGGGUGACCGAAUUCUCUGUAAUUGUGGUCGUGUUAAGAUAUAUGUUCUUAUUCUAGUAGUUACUAAAUAUCUGAACAAUAUUCGUUUGUUUGUGUCCGGAGAGAUUUUUACUAAUAUUGAUGCUGACCGCAGUAAGCCCUUAUUUGCAAUGUCUUAUUUGUAAGCUUUCAGGUCGUGCUUUAGUAGCUUAAUUUUCAUUACAGUAGAGAAAGAUUAGUCGAGAUUUGUAAUCUUUAUUUCAUAUUUAGUGUUCUUUAUGCGGCCACGAGUCGCUAUUGUUGAAAGUUGUGAAGAAAGAUGACGGGAAAUUAGAUGCGUCUACACGCUUGAAAUCCACUCACAACCUUUGCUCUGAUCGAGGCUUUUUUAAAAGAAAAAAUAUAUGCUUGGUUAGAGCACUAUUUAAGUGAUUUUGUUUUUCUCUUGGACCGUUUUAAAUAUGUUUUUAUUGGCUUCGAAGUAUGGCUAGAACUCUUCAUGUACAUGUACAAGAUAUCUAUCUGUGUUGUGAAAUUUACCACAACUCGAGGUACAAACGUCGCAUGAAGUUGAGUAACUAAUUGGGAAAGGAGAACUUUACAGCAUACGGAUUGGUAUUUGGCUGUGUCAAUGACCCUUUCUUCGUCUCAAGAAGUUUAUAAAUGCAAACCAGUUACUUUCAAGUGUCUGUAAUCAGUUUGGGAGAGUAACUAAUUUGUAAAACAUCUGGUAAUACAAGUGUCGGCUUCGUGUGUUACAGAACAUAAUCGUGAAUGGACAAAAAUUUGCACGGAAGAGAUAAGUUUAUAGGCAGACGUUUGUGAAAAUAUUGUAUGAUUAACUAAUGUAGAUAUGUCCUUCGGUUUGAGUAACGUUUUUUGUUUUAUUUUUUAACCUUAGCCGAGUUAUCUGAAAUUCAGAAGUGCUCUAAAAAUGUCGCUUUCUUUCCGUGUACACUUUAUCAACGACUGCCGAAAAACAGCGAAUAACGACUUAAGUUUAAUGGAUUUUAAAUGAAAACCCUACGAUUUCAGAACAAAAAGGAUACCGCCAUUCAUCUUGUAAUAUGUUUUGUUAGAGAACGUGCUCUUUUUUAAAUUAUAAUACCGAAAACAUCUGCUUUGUUUUGAAAACGACUCUGCUAGAAAGUAUGCUGGCCAAAACAUUCCUUAAUAAACUCACUCAUUUCCAUGUCGAGGUCAAAAGUUUUGAACCUGUUUUUUUCGUUAUGAAAGAGAGAGCAGAUAUUUAAUAGCUGGAAAUCAUUGGAAAAACCCAUCAAGAUGGGAUUGGUUUUCUUAUCUAGCAGUUUACAUCUGUUGUGUAUGGCUUUUUGCAUGCCCCAGCUGAAUUCACUCUUUUGUCGAAAUAAUAUUGUUACCCCCAGUCGAGAACAGCAAUUUCCCUGGGCUGGGCUAAAAAUGUUUUGUUUUUUCAGAGCCAAUAAAGGCCGAGAAAAUUGCGGUAGGUGAUUGAUUACUAGUAUUUUGUGAUAAAGAGAUUAAGGUUUGCAAACUCACAACCCACGAUACCAAAAGCGAUACGUUAGCUUUCCGUGUAUAUCAUUUGUCAUUGUAAUGUCAGAAAUUUACCAAAAAAAAACAGUUCCUUUUGCUUUUUAUUGCUGUAUGUAAAUUCCAUUAUGUUAACAGGGGAUUUUUUAUUUUUUAGAUGGGUUUAUGGGAGUGAUUUAGUAUGACAGAAAUCACUUCGAAGUUUUGUCCAACCUCUGUCUUCCUUUAGGCAAUAGUUGAGUUCAAUCUCUUCCUGUUCGCCGUUCCAACUUUUGUUAAUUCAUUUUAUCGUUCUCAGUGCAGGUUAGUGCUUGAGGAUUGUAUUUGACUAAUCGUCAUCACGUUUCAACCAAAAUUCUAAGUUUUGUGAAGAAAUAAUAUUUUUGUUUGAUGAUAUACUGUAUACAAUGGAAGAAAUCUUGCUAUCAGGCCAAACGUGAGAUAAAUGGUGAUAUUUUAUCUAAUGGCCACUUAACUGAUAUCUAUCAUGUAUGGAAUGUAAUAUUUUUGUCCCAAAAACAAACCGCACUGCACGAAAUUACUGCGAAAUAACUCUAGUUCAUUUGAAUAAUGACUUAGGUUCAUAGCGGCCUUCAGUUGAAGUAAUUUGUUGUUGUAAUGCCUAUUAAUAGGUGUUCAGACGGAAAGAGAAGUACUUUGCAAUAGCUUUUACUUUCAUAAUAAUAGGAUAUGUUUGGUAGUGUCAAAGGGUAUGUCUAGCAAAGUGCUUAUUUUUUCUUGGUCAAAACGAAUGUUGGAUACCGAUGUCAAGGAAGUACUUGGAUAGUAUUUAAUCCACAAAAUCGUUUCCUUGUUUUUUCAGUUGUAACAUUCUCGUUAGAGAAAGCAUGAAAGUAUUGUAGGACAGUAUUUGUAGCGUAUUUUUUUUAUUUGAUUUAAAGAAGUCAAACACUGAAUGUGAAUAACGGUAUUGUUGCUGAAAAAUCCAUGAUUAUAACUUCGACUUAUUAUGCCAGUCUUGGUUUAGUUACUGGUGGAUAACUGUAUGUUUGUAACAUGCCCCCAUAAAAAGUAGUCCUCUAUGGCUGGUGUAUGGUAUAAGUUUAAAGUAAUUUCUUUAGAAUUUAUCUUAAAACAGACCCAUAGUUGAGUGUCUGAUAUUUACAGGAUGAGUAACGAACCUUCAUACUCUGUUUCAUUUGAAUAACUUUAUAAAAAGUUAUUCGAAGAAGUCAAAGCUUUUGUUAUUUUUGUUUCUGUUUCUUUGCUCAUACACAAGGAUAAUUAGCAAUCAGUUUUGAACUAUAUAUACAAUAAAACUUAUAGCCUGCUAUACGUUUCAGAAGUACUUUCAUGAUCUUACUGUAAAACGGACUUGUAAAAUAGCUGUUUCUUUAGCAAGAAGUUUCAUUUUCUAUUUCUUAACGGACGUUAACGUUUAGUUUGGCCUCUAGCCGAAGAAGACAACACGAAAUCCAUAUUUUCCAGUUCGAAGUCGAAAAGAGUAGUUUAGGUGCAGCUCAAUACUAUGGUGGGCCACAACUGUCACGGCAAAACCAAAAACCUCACGGCAAAAACAAAAACAUCACGGCAAAACCAAAAACCUCACGGCAAAAACAAAAUACCUCGCGGCAAAACCAAAAACCUCACGGCAAAAACAAAAUACCUCACGGCAAAACCAAAAACCUCACUUUCUGAAAUCUAAACUUUUAGCUAAGACAAGUUUAAUCCAUGUAGAUGUGCAUUGUCCACAAGCUGAGGUUAGGUGGCAUGGAAUAGCCUGCUUAAAAGAUCUGAGCUCGCAGAGUAAUUGGUUUAAAUAAAUAAAUCAAUGGAAUUUCACCAUCCUUCAUUUUCCACUCAGAAGGCAGUGAAUUAGGCUUGAUUUACGUAACAAAUUAUUGCGCGACCAAUCUGAACAUUCUAUCAGCUUUAGUGCCCUUAUGUUGUAUGAAAUCACACUAGGAAUCUCUUAUUUAUCUUACAAACUGAAACAGUGAUUCUUUUAUUCUAAUCUUGCUUAAUGUUUUAGAUAUGGACGAAUUUUUUUGCGUUUCAAGCUAUGUCUUUAUGAAAUACAUCUACGACUGUUGCACUGUUGAAGGCUAUGCAUUAAUUUUCGCAUAUUUUUUCAUGGUUUGCUCAAGAUUGAAUUGCAGGGAACUUUGGUGACUCAUGGCAGAUUUCAAAGUAAAAUACAAGAAAUUAAGAACGGGGAAUCGGAGAAAAGUUGCGAUGUCGUGUUCGGACUCCUUACAAGUGGGUUUUCAUUCUGGCCUGUUGUUCCGGGGGGACUCCCUAAGACUGCUUAUACGGGGAGGCUCCACCCGAAAGGGUUGUCUUUCUUAGGCUUCAGGUAUAAGAAAGGGUAGGGAUUUAGUUGAAGUCGUUAAAAGGGUAGGGAAAUCUGUCAUUUAGGUGGGCGAAAGGGCCCAAAAGGGCUACCAGUGAAUUUUAUGGCUUUAUAAAGUCAAGAAAACGUUCUAUUUUUGGGAUUGAUUACUAUUGGAAAGACAUUGCAUUUACAGCAGUUAAAAGUGGUGCAAAAUUCUAAACAAGGUAUGUGAAAGGGUUAUCAUUUGUGAUUAGAACGUAUACGAAAGGAGUACCUUUUUCGUGAAAAAUGGUAUAUAAAAGGGUAAGGGGUUAGACCUCGGGGCGGAGCCUCCCCGUAUAAUCAUUUGUUGAGUACUCCCCCCCCCGGGCCUGUUGUAUAGCUUUUAAUUUCAUUUCCUUUUGAGAUAAUUUAAUGUGAUCGCCAAACUCUGUGAGAGAUCGUUUGCACGGCCGACGGGCCGAGUUUACAACAAUUGUUUAUAGACAAGGAUAAAAUAUGAAAGUGCUAAAAUAAACCCUUUCACGUAUUUCCGUUUUUCUCUUUUAUCGCCCACCCAAAUACCGGAAGCGUGUGUCACGAAAACCCGUAGAAUGUUCUGUUCAUUUCUCAGGCAUUGUGGUACAGUGUACGCCCUUGAAAGAAAUAGUAUAUAUGUGUCCAAAGUGCUGUAGCAUGGGUAAUGGCUUUCAUUGACUUUUUAGAUUAUGUAUUGUGAAAUCUUAAGAGUGUGGUUUGGGCAACAAAAUUCCUCUCGUGUAACUUUAUUUGUAUUCGUUGAUACCGAAAAAACGACAGUUUUCAGUUUCCAAUUUUGAAAAAAAGGGGGAUCGAACAGUUAAGUUUCUGAUUUCAGUAGUGCUUCGUCUGUUAAAAGUCGAAGUUAAAAAGAAGUGAGAGUUUCCGUCUUUUGGCAGACUUGUUAAUUAGCAGUUUUGCACAGAUUGAGAAGGAGUGUUUGACAUCACAGAUGUUUACAUAAUUCAUUCUUUUUUUCCGGAAGCCUUCCUUUUCUUCCAAAAAAAACCUCUCACCGGAAUUUUGUAUCAUCUUAUCUGUGUUUUGUGGGUUCUAAUGAGGGAGAGCGAUACGGUUCAAUGUUUGGUCAGAUCUGACACAGUAAAGUAUCUGUUGUAAAAUCUUAUAAAAACAGCUUCGUUUCUUGUAGUGAACUGUUGAUCAUAAGCGGUGGCAUUCUUAAAAAAAGUUUUUUUGCCUGUCUUUUUCCUUUUGAAACUAUUUUCAUGUUUUUAUUGUUCACACAUGGGGCACCUUAUGUUAAAAUUUAAAGAGUGUUUAUCGAGUAUUCAGGCCACAAUGGCAAUGCUUUCUUACCAACGAAAACAAUAACUGGAUAUUGAAAUAAACCCGGAAAGAACGGAUUACGAGUAAAUAUAGCCACAACGAAAACAAAACUACAAUCAGUGGGGCCUAGAUGCCCACAGAAAAAAAACCUUCAAAUUUCCUUUAUCUUAAGUGCCAAGAGAUCGGCUUUUGAUGGCUUCUGUGCGCGCUUGUUAUAAAGGCACAAACGUACACGACCAGAAAAUCCUAAAAUGUUAACUCCUGACGGUGUUAUUUUUCGUUUUCCUGUAAAAUAACAUGACCAGGAUUUGUAAUAAAUUGGUGGAAAAAGCCGGAAGGGAGGGUGGGGGGGAUUGGGAGGCUACUCGAAAUUCGUGGGGACAGGGAUGGAUGAUGGAACGGGGCUUAUUUUUUACGUUAACAAUUUUUUUCCGCGAAAGUUCCCAUCCAGGUUUCAGCAUUUAGGUUUCACCACCAGCAAAAUUCCUUCCUCAAAUUGAAUCUUCAUACCUCCAGAAUUCUAAAAUCUUGAAUUACUUAAAUGUAAGGGACUCCCGUACUUAGCCAUUGCAUGCCGCGCGGGGCACAAGGGAGUUGCUCGUAUGCUCUUGAUUAUAGGCUUUCCCCAAUUCUGACGUCGGAAAAGUUACAAGGACAAGAGUAAAGGAGUCUUAAAAAAUUCCGUUCCAAAAUUGACCAUUCUUUAAAAAGUGAUUGUGUUGAAGUAAAGCCGAAAUGCUUGGGGAGCGGGAGCUUUUAAACAUUGAUGCUUCAAGGAUAAAUGUAGAAUUUAGAGUCUCGAUGGUAAUUUAAUGACAGUAGCUAGCAGGUUAAUCUCUUUGCUAGAAUUAAAGGUUUCUAGUGGCAAUUUUUCAAUUUCCUUUUUCUUUUCAUAAUACAUUAUCAAUUUAUAUCCUUUCUAAGGGCUUUGGAAUGAACCCCCAGAUUCUUUGGAAACGCGAUAAACAUAUAUUUACUUUUAAGCGAGAGCUAUCAUCCAACAGUUUCUUUUAAUUAUUUUUUUAUACUUACUCCAUUUGUAGCUUUUAACGCUAGCCUGGCCUCCAUGUAAAACUCUUUCAUUAUAAAAAAUCAUUAGUUUGCAAGGAUUAUGAGUGUAAACGUAUUACAGACAGAGACUUGAUGUAAUUUUUGUUGCUUUGCAGACAAAGUGCUGGCGACAGAGUUCUUAAAAUCUGGUUUGAAAACAACGUUUCCAGUUGCGAUCAAUGAACUGCAUAUUGAAAAUUCGUUGUCAUCAGUUCAAUUUGGUAACAGGACGUUUCAAGUUCAGAAGAAAAUAUUGCUUGUUCAUAAAUCAUGGGCUAAAGAGCGUUCAAAACUUUCUCACUUUGUAACGCGGUUUUUAGAUGGUUUCCGUGCUCCGUAUGUGGUGAGUGAAGUAGAAGAUAAACCGUUUUUAGAUCUACGUGAAGAUAUAAAGCCCAAUGUUGUCGUUGGGAGAUAUUCCCUUAUUGUCUUUGUUGACAUCAAGACUUACAUAGACCUUAAACCUAAUGUUCGGCAAGUAGUGAAACUUUACUGCAAGAAAUUUAGGACUGGUAUAUUGUAUUUUAUUUCUAAUCACGUUGGUUAUAUACCGGAGUUUCGUAUCGAGGUAAUAAAACCUCAAAAAGAGAGACAAACCUUAGAUGUCGAAGUUAAUGAAAGUUCGAAACUUUUGCGGAUUACUCGCAGAGGAGGUUCGGCGAUUAAGCCAAACGUUCCAAAAGGACAAGGAACGAGGUGGAACUUCAUACGCUACGAUCCUCAACAAGUUCCUUAUGAAACUGUUGAAUUCGCAGUGAAUCGUAGAAAACGACAAAAAAGAGAGUUGGAGAUUGCAGUAACGGAAAAUGCUUGUGUUAUUUUGGACGAUGGUCAAGUAGAUGGAAUUAAAAAAGUCUUUUUUGGUGGUGGAUUUCCCUUCUUUCUGCACACAAUGCUUUUCAUGGACAGUUUGGAGUAUUUAUCAGCUGUUAGUCCGAUGGAGUUUUCCCUUGAGAGAUAUCUACAGAUUGACGUGGAUGAUAUUUUCAUCGCCAAGACUGGUAUAAGAAUGAAGAAAAAGGACGUCAUGGUAAGUAAAAACAAAACAAAUGCACUUUAUUUUGAGUGUCAAUGUAUUUAGCACGAAAGUAAUAAUUGUGGGCACUAUUUUUACAUCUCGUAUUGGAGAUGGGACCGCCAUUUUACGUAGCCAUCCGAGCCACGCGUUGUUUGACAUCUGCAGACGAUAAGACCCUCUAGUGUUCUGUGACCCAGACGAAAAUUCUUAGACCCCUUCGCACAGAAACUUCACUUAUCUGGCUCUUGUGAGACUUCAUUGAAUCACUACUGGGACCAAGAGAUCUCUUGCGGGGACAUAACAAAAUGUUGGAGUUACUGCCCCUUGAGUUUGUCUCCAGGCAACCGUUGAAUUGUUAGCCAACCCUGUCGUGUUGGCCUUAACCAGCCAAAGAAAAGGGACUGGGUGAAGGGCGUGGUGGUGGUGGUGGUGGGUGCAAUAGGGGGGUACUUAAAUGCAUACAAGCGUUGUCUUUGUUAAUCGCCUAUCUGCGUGUUAGUAAAGUAAAUGUUAGGGAAAAAGAAAAGCGAUGAGAGGUGCAACUUGAUUAAUCGGCUUGCAAAUUCGUUGUCUUUGUAUUUUUUACUUUUUUAUUUUUUCUAUCGUGUUUUUGAAGUUCAAGGCCUUUUUUGUUCGAUGUGUAAUAUUUUUAGACACUUAAGCACUGACUCUAUAACAAGAUUAGCGCAGCUGUACUAGCUGCGUUAGUUAAAAUAGGAUAACUAGCUAAAUCAGUGUAAGAUCCUAUUAUUUCAUGGAACGUGGCGCCAUUGAGUGUACUAUAGUCUAUUAAAUUAAAUUAACAAGAUUUAUAACAACAUAUUAGACCUAUUCAUUCCAGGAUCUGUCAUGAAAUGUAUGUAUUGCAGCACAAAGCUGUAGCGUUUGAAUUAGCCACUUUCACAUUGUUCCUAAUGGACCUUGUUUACCCCCAAAAAGAUUUAUAAGCACUGUUUUCGCUGACUCUUGGGACGCAUGUAAUAGCCAGGGACGGGUUCUUCAAAGCUGGGUUAAAACAACCCAAGUUAGUCCAAAAUUUGAAUUCAGAAAUGGAAGCUUAAAAAGCAAAUUCAGUUUAAUUCUUUUUGUCUACAAUUUGACAAGAGGAUGCUUUCAAAAGAAUAAAGAACAUUAUCCUAGAAAAUGCUUUUGAACAAUGGAAAGAGAAACCUGAAUUAAGAUUUAACUCGGGGUUAGCUCUAAUCAGCCCUCAAACAACUGGGCUCUAAUAACGACAAACAAGGUGUCUUUGUCUUAUGAGCAAUGUGAAAGGGGCAAAUUGGGUUUUUGGAGGAAUCUUUUUUUCAAUCAUUGCGAUUAACAGCCUUUGAAAGCACCUUAGAUGUAAUUUUGUUCCUUUUUCAAAACAACUGAUGUGAAAUGACGCUAUUGGGAACCUCCUUUGUAAAAGAGAAUAAGUUCGAAUUAUUGGAUCGAUCGAAAAAUCGGUGGUGAAAACAGGACACUGCUUGGCAGGGGAAGAUUAGUCAAGGGUGGGGAGGGUCAAAAAAACCCAAAAUUUCAAUAUUUAUCCCAGUUUGAGUUAUCGAGAAGUUCGAGAAACCGAAGGUUCACGAGAAUUCGAGAUUCUAUGCGGUUUAACUAAAAGUUGCCCAAAUGUUCUUCAUUUUUUCGGAGUUAUGCCAAUUCAGGCUUAGUUCUAUGAUGUGCAUCAUCGAAAACACACUGGAUUAAUGUUAAUCUUGUUUGUCGGGUUGUCCUCUUACAUUAAAACAUACAUCAUUUUUUGUGACAACUAUUGUAAGGUGUUUCGAUACAGUUUUUGGGAGACCAUACCGAUGUUUUUCAAUCUCCUUAAAAGUGAUUUUAUCCUUGCUACAAAAUUUUUACUAGUGAUUGACUAUGAAUUGUUGUUUGUCAAAAUGCAGCUUUUUGUAAAAUCGAUAUCACCAUGACAACAGUAAACAAAAACCUUCCAAGUCGAUAAAAGUCGAAUUUUGUGCGAUCUAGACCUGCCACUGAAAAUGCGACACCAGGAACUUAAAGUGUGGUGUUUAGCAAGUAACCUCCGUGAGAAGUAUAACAUUCUGUAUGUUUGAAUUGAAAUAAAACGAAAAUAUAAUUCAAACCUUAUAUUUUCAAUAGCCGUGAUAACGUGUUUAUUAAUAAGGUUCUAAAUAACUCACAUUAAUCUUAAGUAGCAUUAGAGGGCUGCUUGAUAUCAUUUUUCGAUGCUAGGAAAUUUUGGUGUAUUUUCUUUCUUACGAUCCUGAAAGCUAACCUGUUUUCUCGCCAUCCGUCUGAGUGCAACUUUACUCAAAAUGUUAAGUAUUAUGGCUCGACAGAAUUCUUUGUAAACCUCAUCACAUAGUUUUUUUGAUGUACGGUAUAUAACAAUGUCUGAAACUUUAAUUAAGAUUGAUUCACUACAACAGCUUGAUUUUUCAAGAGAAACCUAGCCUACGAACUGGCCAAGAAUCCGCGUUACAACAUUUACUGUUUUGGCGUUAUGCUAUUUUUCCAAAUUGAUAUCCGUCAUAAAUACCUCCCUCGCUAGUACAUUUUAGUAUGAACUUUAUUGCAUAUUUUGAAUGUAAAAUAUUGACAAUAUUUACACUGAAAUGUCGACUCGUUUUAGAGAUAUUCAGAAAAGCACUAAAAGUCAAAAUUUAGAGUAAAGUUGCACUCAGAUGCUCCAGAUGGUGAGAAAACAGGUUAGUUUUCAGGAGCGCAAGAAAGAAAAUGCACCAAAAUUUCCUAGCAUCAAAAUAUAUGUUAAGCAGCCUUCUGACGCAACUUAAGAUUUAUUUGAGUUUUUUAGAACUUUUUUGUUAAACAAUUUAUCACGGCUUUUGAAAAUGUAAGGUUUGACAUAUAUUUACGUUUUAUAAGUUUUAUAUGUUCCUGGUGUCGGAUUUUCAGCAGCAGGUCUAGAUCGCGCAAAAUUCGGAUUUUAUCGAUUUGGAAGUUUUUUGUUUAUUGCUAUCAUAGUGAUAUCGAUUUUACAAAAAGCUGCAUUUUGACAAACUUCAAUUGAUAGUCAAUCACUGGUAAAAGGUUUGUAGCGAUCGGACAAGGAAAAAAUCACUUCUAAGGCGAUUGAAAAACUCGGUAUUGUCUCCGAAAAACUGUAUCGAAACACCUUAAUAAGGGGCCCUUCUUUCUGAUCUAAUUCAUUCGAUGGCCGGGGACUGGGCAUUUUUAUGUAUUAUGGGAUUUCUUUCAUUGAGGUAUCACGGGCAAAUUUCUUGAAACUAAAGGUGAAGGAAUGGUAGCUGUUAAGCUAACUAAGACCAUGUGUAAAUAAGAAUCCAGCCUUUACCCAGACAAACCUUAGUUUUAAGAGGCAGCAAAUUUCAAGAAUUUUAUUAUUUCGAGUAAAACAUUUCAGAAAAUAACGCGGUCACAUGCAGGUUCGAAUAUUUUGAGGAGCUAACUAAUCAUAUCUUUUUGUCAGCUGGUAUCGUUCGUAACGAUUAUUCUUUUGUAAUCACCGAACAGCGAGCUCUUUAUAUAAGAAUCGCGAGAGGCCAAGGUUUUGUGCAAGCACCAAACGAAGCGAGGCACAGAGAGACUUUCAAGUUACCCAUCGCGUCUUGACACGUUUUUGUCCCAGGUCAGGGCAGCCUCCCACGCAGACACUCUUGGGCCGUUGUCUCACAUUCCUUCCUCACGAACGUUGCGAAAAGAACGUCUGCGGGGGAGACCGGGUCAGGGUCUCUGGUCUGAAUUUUCAGACGUCUUCCCUUUUUUAGCCGCGCUUAGCGGGGGUAAGGGCGGCAGUGACAUUUCAUUCAUUUCAGACUACUGCUGUAGAGGCUUUGUUGUUUUAUUGAAUGCUGCGGUAUGGCCAAGCUCAAAAUGCCUAAACCCAAAUCCUAAAUAAACAUUCUUGUCUUAAGCCGUAUUUGUGAGGUUAAAUGCCUCGUUCCUAACUAAUUCAGAGCCGAGCAUAAUCUCAACAAUCUGCGAAACGUUUUUGGCUAGAAUGUAGCUUGUGUUCUAAAUCUGUUAUAAAAGCCAAGACCGUUUAAUAUUUCCCUAGAACUGGACAGGGCUUUUUCUGAAACAGCUCGAGUAAAAAGUGAUUUGGAUCCGUAGGUUGAUGAAGCCCGCUACGUGCAGAUGUCUUCAAUUUCCUUUUCAGCUUGAAGCGAAGAAAAUCGGAGACGUGUCUGCGAGCAGGACUUGAUCCGAUUUUAAAAUGUUUUGAUUUUAAUUCUUUAGGUAAAUCCCAGAGUGUGUUAAUCAUGUGAAAUCCUAGGAGCAUUUUCCUGUUGUUUUUUUUUUUUUUGCACUUGGCAAUGCGAAUAUCACCAGGUGCUAAGGCUUCUCGCUGUCUACGCUUUUUUAAGCCAUCAAUCAAAGUCCUGAUUUCACGCACAUACAAACACUGUAUCUGUUACUUGUUUCAAGUCAAAACCCUUUAGCAACGCUCUUUGUCUUCUUCACUAUUUUUACUUGUGUCAAACUGCCACUCUAGACUACGAGUAGUCCCUCAUUUUCAUUAGGGAUAGUUGAGCGGGAUAAAUACGCGAUCGCGCGUGAAAAUCGCCGCGAGCGAGGAGAGGCGAAACGUGGAGGAAGGAGAGAAGUGGACUGAAUAAAAUGUAUUUUCUUCCCUCCGCGUGUCAACUUCCUCCGGGUGGCGAUUUUCACGCGCGCUCGCGUGUUUCUCUUGAGGGGCUUCUUGUUGUCUACGGCCCUCUUGAACUUACGGACUAUGUAAGAAAGAAUGAGAUGUAUAGUUGAACUGCAAAUCUUACAAAUACUACUUACUUAGUCGGGCAGAGUACAUUUUAAUAUACGCUGUAGUUCAGUUACGAGGUAGCAAGGUUGUGGUGCAUAGAGAAAAUCAGGGUCCCCCUAGUAUAGAUCGUCUUAAAAACGGUUUUGUUUCACUGAAAAAUAUCUUGAUCUGUGAGUGGGUAGUAUGGUCUACCAGACGCUGAUAAAUGGCGAUAUUUAGCGAACGAGUUCAAUUAUUGUUUUGUCAAUCAAUCAGAAUUCCCCACCUCAGAAACUGUAAUGGGAAUGGGCACAAGCUUUCGGCGCAACGGUUUUUGGCAUCAUUUGGCUGGACAACCACUAGUUAUGAGUGGUUAUUAAAUGGUUGCCUUGAAUACCAUCGACCAAUCAUAACUAGUGCUCGUCCACCCAAACGAUCCCAGAAAUCGUGGUGCCUGAAGCUUGUUCCCAUUCCCCUUAUAGUCUCUACUUGUUGCGGUGCCGCCAUCUUGUUCCCCGAAGACCAAACUUCCCUUGAGAGGCUUUUUUUUUUUGUAUUGCGCAAGAGCAGACCUAAGUUCGUAAGCAGUUAUUCGCAAUGACGUAUAAUGACCUCUAGACGAAUUAAAACUUAAGAAGAAUAAUUUGAAUGAUAAUCGUCCUUUGGCUGUGACUGAUUUGUAGGAGAUGCUCUCAGUACAAGAGAGGCUGGCGCAGAAGAUUCCAGGAUUCAAGUUUAACUUGGGUUUCUCAGGGCGCAGCUUUAGACAGGGGAAUAACGAAGAGGACGAUGGAGACAACGCUUUCAUUGAACACGCUCAUAAUUUUACGUGGUUUGGUCAUCUGUAUGAUCACGAGCAGCCGCAUAAACACAGCUACUCUGAGAUUGUCAGAUCCUUAACCAAGAACGAGGAAUUUGCCAAGGUAUUUAAGCCUUAAAUUUCCAUUUUUGCCAUUCUUUCCAAGUCCAAAUCCAAGAAAAUUUCCAAAUUUCAUUUUGUAAAAUGCUGACAAACAAAUGGCACCACAUAAAAGAACUGCUGAAGAGAAUUUAUUUGAAUGGUCACAUCAUAAGAUUUCGUCCACAGACUGAAAAGUUAGAACUACAUACUAAUAGUACCAUUUGAAAGUACUGUUGUAGAGAAUUUAUUUGAAUUGUCACAUCAACGGAUUUCGUCAACGGACUCAAAAGUUAGAACUAGUUGGUAAUAGUCCGUCUUUUUACUGUGGUAGUAAAAAGGGUUAAGGCAACGAUCCUCCGAAGAGUGCGGUGUGGCUUUCUUUUUUCUUUUUGUUUUGGAGAAACAAAAAGUUGGCUCUGUUAGAAAGGUGACCUGCCUAGCUGGGGCACACUUUUACUAUCGAAACCUAGGGCAGUAGCCAGGCCAACGUUUGCGAAAUAAAAAAUUUGGCUCACCCAGUCUGUUCAACUCGGUCAAGGCAAGAGCGCGAGCCUUGUUGGCACAAGCAAAGAGGUCAACAUUUUUCUCAUAUAAACAGCCCUAAAGUUGACCCCACUCGGAGGGUGACCCUCUUUCCUUUUUCUUCAUAUGAACGGAGCCUUGGGCACCUACUUUGUUUUCUAGUUGAAAAUUUCUUGUUUGUGUUUUUAGAAACAUGGUAUUCCAAUGAAACGGUCAUACAUGAUUGCUCCACAUCAUUCGGGGGUCUAUCCAAUACAUGAACCACUGUAUGAUGCUUGGGCGAAUGUCAGAGGUGUCCGUGUGACCUCUACUGAGGAGUAUCCACACCUGAAGCCUGCUUGGUUAAGACGAGGAUUUAUUUAUAAAGGAGUUAAGGUGAGCAGGGUCAUACAUUCAUUUAAUAUUAGAGACCUUACGUAGCUACGACGACAACGGAAACCUGGUUUAAUCCUGGUUUCUCGUCCCAAUCGUCUCAAAUAAUGUUCAGACGAUCGGGACGAUCAUAUGGAAACGUUAUCCGGACGAUCGCAAACGAUCCAGACGAUUGAGACGACCUCGAUCGAAUGGAUAGAGUUGAGAUCUAUUCGGACAAUCGAGACGAUCGUGUAAAUUUUGAAGCGAUCAUAUGGAAACAUUCUCAGACGAUCGGGACGAUCGAAGGCUAUCCCAGAAAUCAUCACUUUUAUUCCAGUAAUCGAGAAUAAAAUUCGCCCUGGACACCACUGACGUCGAAAAAAAUAAUACAAAAAUGUUCCCACCGCGUAUGGGCGCUAGAGGUACGCUCUUCCAUUAAAGGUACGCUCUCUCAUUAAAAUCCAUCAUAAUGUUUGGUUUGUUUGCGAAACAUGCGCAAAAAUUCUUUUGUCUGACCCAGAGACAUCGCUGACGACCCCGUGUCUCUUUUCUUUGAGGCGAUCGAGACGUUAUAUGGAAACUACCAAUCGUCCCAAUCGUCCGGAUCGUCUCGAAAUUUUUUCACACGACUGGGGCGAUCGGGACGAUCAUAUGGAAACCAGGCUUUAAGACUACGUUUACAUGGCCUGUGCCACAGACGAAAUUAAACCUCUGGUUUAGUCCGUCUGCGAAACAGCGCCAAAAUCGUUGUUCUGGGCCCCUACCUGUGUACCAGGAUUUGAGUACGCGCCUUGAUUAGCCUUUCCAAAAAAAGCCAUUGUGGAUUUGCCAAUCAGGUUGAAGUGAAAUUCGAAACGUAUUUCCGGUAAUUCGUUGCGUCCGUUGGUGGCCCGGAACAAGGAUCUCGGUGCUGCUUCGAAAACGUUACCAACCGGGCUUUGAUUAUGUCUGCGACGCGGGUUACGUUAACACGGCACCGCACGAAUUUUAGACCUGUUGCCCUUAGGUGUUCCGUUAACCUUUCUCCCCUCCCCGUCCCCCUCCCCCUCUAACAUCUCCUUUGCCCUAUCCCCUAAGGAAGACCUGAUACUUAGGCUACUUCUCGAACGUUUGUAUAGACCGUUCAUUUUGAUAUAUUUGUCAAAACCAGGCCCGAAUUGACAUUGCUGGAGAAUUAAAGUUAGUACGUCUAUUACCAUUAUUUAUUUAUGACAGCAUCAAACCCCGACGGGAGUUAACUGGUGUUUAAUGAUGUGUGUGCCGCGUUUCGUGUUUCCAGGUUCUUCCCCGCCAGACUUGUGGCCUUUUCACAACUACGAACUUCUUUUACGAGAUCAAGGGUGGGAAGAAGGCGCUGGACAAAAGUAUUGAGGGCGGAGAAUUGUUUGGAACCAUCUUACGGAAUCCAGUAAGUGACUCGCAUUUUUAUCGUUGUUUCAUGGCGUUGUCCUGUUGUCGUUUUACAAGAAAUGAUGACUUACCAUUUCAUAAAUACUUGGUGUGUACACUCUCAUUCGAGUGACACAAAUUAUGACUGAUUUGAAUGGCUUGCCUCGAUUGGAUCUUUGCGAUGUUGCGCGGGAGUCUAAUAGAGAUACGCUAACGAGGGCAUGAUCGUAGGCUAUUGGUAUCCAAUGUUUCAAGAAUUAUUAGGAACAAAGGAAAACUGAUAAAAAAAAAACAACUAUUUGAGUUUUGUUUUUUCAUUUUAACUCCCAAUGUAUGCAGUCUAGUCAACUCAAAGAGAAUUAGUGUAUUCAAUACUAGAGGUAAUCAUUGAUUACGGAUCCGCGUUCUUACGGAAACGAAGUCAAGUCGAAAGGAGUCCAGUUUCCCGGCCGAGAUGCCCCCGAUAAAAUUAAUAGGGGCGGCUAAUCGGCAGUCGCUCGUGAUAGCUAAAAUAUUUCUGCCUUUGUGCCACAUGAACACCAGAUUAGUAUGCGUUCUAACGAAAGCGAAAAUUGUCCACUAAUAAGUAAAUGCGUAAGACUUGUUUCUUGUAGGAACUCUAUGUGGUCCAACUGUCUUUCGCGACCAUCUCAUGUCAGCAUCUGCCAAAUCCUAGCCUCGACUGUAGUUCUUUCCUUUAUUGAUAACUUUGUCAUCAAAAAUUGCGUGUUAUUUUCUCUUUUAGGUUUCAAUUUUUAUGACGCACAUGACAAACUAUGGUAAUGAUCAGUUAGCGCUGUACACUGUCAGUCGACUUGUAAACUUUGUUCAUCGCUGGACCAACCUUGAGCUGAAGUAUGCUGAACCAACUGAAUUAGCUGAUAUCUAUUUUAAUUUAUUUCCGAAGGAUAAAGUACCAGUUUGGCUGGUGAGUUACGUCUUUAUACUUUUACGAACAAAAGAGUAUUGCUCUGUUCAAAGGAAAGCCAGACCGGAUAGGGGUUCUGUUCACACUUACGACUGGCGAUUUCGGGGCGAUUUCUGGAACGGAGCAAAGCUGCGUCGCGCCGAUCUCGAAUGUGGAGCGUCACAUAUCGGGUACCGUAUUUCCUCGGAUAAUAGCCGGGGCGGUUAUUUCUUUUUUGCAUCAAAAGGGGCCGACUAUUCGAGGGAAAACGAAUAUUUGACGGAGGCGAAUAAUAGUGUGUGAACGACUUGUUCCAGUUCUGUGCCGUUGCUGGUCAUGCUAUCCCGGAAAGCUUUUCGUGUCGGCAUGAAAAGCUAUCCGGCAUAGUGUGAACAUAAGCUAAGACUUAAAAGUUGAGGGAUUGAUUUUCCGUUUCGUAUGCAGCAGUUACCGUAUUUCCUCGAAUAAGAGGGACUUUAAGAUCCAACAACGCGGACGGCGACGAAAACGUCAUAAAAACAAUAGGUUUUAUAACCAAAACAACAACUUUGCACGUGCAUCACGCUUGUUUGUACAUUUCCUUACCCGUUUUUGGACUACGACUACGACGUGAAAAUGCCUAAUUUCGCGUUUUAUGGAGUACGUAAAGAAGCAACGACGAAAUGAUAUUUCUCAUUCUGAACUUGGAUAUGGUCCCUAGGAAUUCAACUCCAGGAGGGUUCGCCUACAUUUGACAAAGUAAGUGGGUAGGAAUAAUUGCGAUAAAGACUGGAGAAAGCAAAUUCACUUUUUAAGCGACGUUUUCUCUGCCGUCGCGUCGUUGAAUCUUAAAGUCCCUAAUAGCCGACCCUCGGUUAAUCGCCUCCCUCGAAAAAUCGCCCCCCUUAGACACAAAUAUUUAAAAUUAUCGCCUCCUCCAAAUAAACGCCCCCACCCUUCUCGCCGUCUUCUCUUUCUUUUAUCCCCUCCCUGUCAAGUUAAAGAGGAGUCUGAUGCGGCACAUCCCAUCAGUGACGAUUCAAGCUCUGACGCUGAGGAUAUUGACAUUGAAAACUAACCAAGGAACCAAAUUUGAAGCACUAAGAAAGCCCAUGUUCAGUUUGUUUGAUUUAAAAUGAUUUAGGGAACGACUCCCAGUGAGCAAUGUUUAAAAUAAUCGCCUCCCUCGAAUACUCGCCCGCUAUUUGUGCGAAAAAAAAAUUACCCCGGCUAAUUUUCGAGGAAAUACGGCAUUUCACGAGAACGCACAGUAUACAAUGGAGGGACCACUCAGAGAUUAGACCUCAUUUUCUUUCUGUUUUUUUCCUUUCACACUUCACUCCACUCUGCCUGUUUACAUGGAGGUGGGGGACCCCAGGUAGAUGAGGUAAUCCGCUUAGGUGGGGUAACCCGCCUGUCCAUACAAUCUCUCAUUUUAAUGUGAUCACGUUUACAUGUUAGGUGGGGUAACCCGCCACAUGUUACCUCACCUACCUGGGGUCCCCCACCUUCAUGUAAACAGGCUCUAAAUGCCUGGAACAUACUGGUGUCGGAAGCACAGGAAACAGUCGGCAGAGGAGUUAUGUUUGUUUUUGAUUGGAGGACUAAUCCGCCCUAAAUUAUUUAGUGCAGAAUAUGAAGCGUCACUUGGUCUUAAUACAAAUCUGGUGACGUCAGAGAACCCCAUACAGCCAUGAAUGCGGCGACUAAUCACCAGUAGCGACUGUUGAUAGAACUUUUCUUGUUGGGAAAGCUUUGCUUUGAAAGUUGACUCUGGUGCGACAUUCUUUCGUCGCACGGAAAAUAUUUCACCAGACUUGCAAUACGAUCGCGUGAUGUGUUCUGUGAACAAUUUCAUUCGCAUUGCGAAAUUAAACUGGAAUCAAGGUGAAAAAUUAACUACCCACACACCAUCGGACAAAUUUUCGACCGGUUGAAAAUUCGUGCGUUUAGGUGUUCUGUUCAGCCGUUAAAAGUUCCGUGUGAACAGAUCAAAAUAUUGAAUUGUCCCGUGUGAACAAAGUCUCCAGCCGUAAAAGAAUAACUCCUCUGUGCCCUUUUUUUAGCGUGGGAAUCUUUUCUUUUACUAAAAUCCCUUUUCAAAGUUCUUACUGAAAGUGAUACUUUUAUGAAGUGAGUUUAAAACAUUUGUAUAUCCUUAUUUGGUCUACAGAGUCCAUGCGAUGACAGUCGCCAUCUUCAAAUCUGGCCCAGUCAAAAGUCUUGUACCAGGCUCCCGUCAUUUCUAGUGAUCGGGCCUCCGUUUGGAGGCCUGGACAUGUUAUUGCCUCUUCUUAACCUUCAUCCGGAUUUCUUGCAUAUAAUCAGCUCUGACAACAGCACUUUUGGGACCAGUUUCUUCAACUCAGACAACUAUUUUAAAGGCUUAGAUUGGUAAGAUUUCAAUCAACAGCAAUAACAAAGCUUUGUGGUGAAACUGCCCGCACCAGAAGCUAAUUUUAAAUGUCUUUACCAGUGGUUUGUUUUUUGGUGUCAGUUCUUUUUUGUUUAUCUAAGGUAGUUUCUGAAGUUUUCCAAAAACAGUAUCCCUUGAUAGUCUAGAGUUAAAAUCCGUUUUCAUCGGGAUAUCGAUCGGUUUGGAGGCAAAACUUUCGUUUCUCAAAAAAAGUACUAUUCUAUUUUAUCACAUGACCGUACGGUCCCGCGCACAAUUUCGUUGGCAAAAUCAUAUGAAAAAAGCAAAACAAAACACGUAUGAGGGACGUAUGCGUCAAUUGAUAAGGCCGGAAACCGCGUAGAGCCCUGCUAGAAAAGCGUACUGAUCGAUGCGAAAUGCGUCUGCAGUUCGCAGGCUAGAUGCGGGUUCGCUCCGUCAGAACAAUUAAAAAAUACAACGGUCAUAUGAUAAAAUGCUUGCUUGGUCGGGCCGGACAGGAAAAAAUUUGGCUAUCGAUCAGGACGCACGCACCUCGAUGCGCUCGGUCCGUACGUCCUCACCGACCUCGAGCCAAAUAUUUUCCCGUCCGGCCCGACCUAACUCAGUCACUAAGUACAUAGUUUGUCCUGUGUUAGAUUUCGCAGUGUCAUGCUCUCUAUCUUUUUUGCUGCUUUAUAGUUUGUUUUUGCGCUUUUCAUUACGGAUCAAAAUGAAAGAGAACCAUCUCGCUCGUUCCCAUCAAAGUUGUUUGUUAAAUUGUAUAUUUCCCCUUAUUGUUUACGAUAUCCAUUUGAUUAGCCUUCUUUAUUGAUAUUCAACUAAUUUUAAGCGUGAUUAUUUUUCUAGGUACAUGAAAUUCUUUCCUCGCCCAACCAGAGCAGAACAACAGUUAUCUUACGAAGUUAGUGACAAAUAUUUCACUGAUCAUGAUUCGCCAUACCGUGCAAGUAAUCUUCUCAAAUCCGCUAAAAUCCUGAUCGUUCUUGAUGAUCCCGUGAAGAGAGCUUUUUAUCAUUAUCAGGUAAGCCGUGUUGAGCACAGCGAACUAUUACUAGUUCAUUCUUUGUUUUACAGGUAAAUGUAUGAAAUUGUCUGUAAAACUUAUUUUGCUUCUUCAGUUCUCUUGCUUCAUGGGAAGCAAGGGUUGUGCAGUGUUAAAAGCACUCACCUCCCACCAAUGUGGCCCGGUUUCAAAUCCCAGCGUCGACGCCAUAUGUGGGUUGAAUUUGUUGUUCUCCGAGAGGUUUUUCUCCUGGUACUCCGGUUUUCCCUCCUCCUCAAAAACCAACAUUUCCAUAUUCCAAUUCUUCCAGGAAUCAGGUAGACGAAGAACCACAAUGUGAGAAUACUACCCCUAAAAAAAGCGCACUUUAUCUGAGUGUCAAUUUAUUGAGACCAAAGUACUAAUUGGAGACGGUACCAUACGAUUUGAAUUAAAAACUUACAGUAACGGAGAAGAAGUGUUUCAUAUUCGCUACGCUUUUGUGUCGCGUCGAAGGCAUUUUGUUUAGUUUUGUUUUCUCACAUAAGAAGCUCUUUCAUCUUUCCAAGCACCUAAAGAGUGACAUUUUAAGGAGUUUUCGUAGGUUUUUGGACAGUAUGGGAAAACUAGUGUGAAAUGUUCAGGGACAGUGGAGUGAGCGAAACGUGAUGGUGAAAAACGUGGACUCUUCAUUUUUGCCGCCAAAUAAAACCAUAAAAUUUAAAGGGCAUCGUUUGAUUGUCCAACAGGAUUCCCAUGUUAUAGAAAUUACUUUCCAACAAUAUUUUUUUUCGGCUCUGAUACGCUGUGUGUUCGCUUGAAUUAAGCAAAAGCGGCGCGCAGUUGAUUCUGUUCACCAGAUACAAAUUCUUUCCUCGUUUUAGUUUUGGUCGUGUGUAACCAUUUCAGGGUCAAAGGAAAAUCACCCUAUUUAGUCAGCCUUGUACUAACUUAUGUACAUUCUUGAGACCGUUAACGAUUGUUGUUUACAACGUUACAGUGGAAACAGACCUAAACGGACGAGAGGACUUGUAUUUGUAUGCGAGCGUCGCGUUUUCGUCGCACGUUUCUCCAAAUCUUCGGUUUUUCAACAAAAUCGCUACUUAUAUAAAAGCGAGCUCCAACAACCAUGACGACAACAAAGGAAGCGAGAAAAUAAGAAAAGCGACAGAGUUAAUAAGCAAAACAAAAAUUCUCAAGGUACAGCAGACGUUUUGGCAGAUUUUUGUGCCGUCAUCGUACGACUAUUAACGCUGUCAAACUUGAUUGGAAUGGCCGUGCGAUCGUUGUUUUAAUCUCUAACAUUGCCGUUUCUUCAGAAGCUAUCGUCGCGACUUCGAUUUCGUUGGAAUUACCAAUACAAAGUAUUGUAUAUUUCUGCACAGUCUUAAUGGCUUCGCGUGAAGACUGUCUAAGUAUCACCGAAAAUACAAGGUGUUAUGGGUUAAUCGUUGUGGCAGCUCAAUAUAACGUUCAAUACUUUUGUUUUCAGCAUCUAAAGAACGUUGAAGGUGUGGAGCUACCUAGUUUUGAUGACCUGGUGAAGUUGAAACACGAUCCUGGACUGUCGAGUGUUAAACGCACCAUCCUGGGGGCUGGACACUACUCUGAACACAUCGCUCGUUGGAUGAGAUACUAUAACGCCAAGCAGGUCAGUCUUGUUUACAUGUAAUUCAUGGUUUCUACUAGGCUAUUUCCAAGUUGCAAAAAUCCUCGCUUUCAAAACGAGGCAAUGUGUAAAAACGUCCAUGUGAGAAUGAGUUUUAUUUGCAUGAGAAUAGAAAACUAUUUUUAUAUUCGGAAGAAUUACACUGCCCACUAUAAUGCAAUACCCAGGGGUAAUACACAGAUUUGGAGCAAAGACAUGACCCAGCAACAAACUCGAACCACGUAUUUCAAAUACCACUACAAUAAAAAUUUAAACCGGCUCCUGUCAAAGAGAAAACUGCCUCCUCACUGCUUACAGGAGUUACAUCCCUACUGAGAUUUGAAUUAAAAACUUACAGUAACGAAGAAGUGUUUUCGGGUUUUUCACAUUGCCCACCACACCUUGUUCACCGCCAUGCCCAUGCCCCCGCCCCCUCCCCCCCCGCAAAAAAGUAUUGUUUUCGCUUUCUCUUGGGACGACUGUUAUACCCAGAGGUAAUACACAGGGUGCUUAGCGUAGGGUGAGUUUCAUGGGCAAUGUAAAAAUGGCGAAUCAAACUUGACACUCAGCCUCGUUUUGAAAAGAAUUUUGAACUCGGAGCUGGCGUAAUUCGCUUUGCAGACAUAUCUAUUAUACUGACUGUCGGCUAUGUAAAUAAUGCCUAUUGAGCAGUCUAUCUAUCUAGGUGCCAAUGUAUUUGGGUCAAGUCAUUCUUACUGGUCCCACACUUUUGGGUCAAAACUGAGCUGAAUCUCAAAUCUGACGAUCCUCUCUUGACUGUAACAUUUUCUUAUUCUAGGAAAUCUGAAAGAAAUUGAUCAAACGAUUUUCUCGACGCUGAGAAAGCAAUUGCUUUAAAAUUUUUCAUCAACGCAAGAGCUUGACAAAGUUGGCGCACAAUGUUUUUUUAGAGUUGCAAUUCCUUUCCACGCAGGUUAUCGAAAGCCCAAGAACUACAGUUAUAGUUUCUCCUGGGCAAUUGGGUAAUGGAGCAGUUUGCCGCUUUAGAAACGACAGUGGGACAGGGAAAAUAUUGGCCAAUAGCUGACCCGUGCUUCCCCAGUAACGAUCUCCGAAACAAUUGGGGCACACAUUUCUUCUCAAGUUCUCUUCUCGUUUCUAAAGUGGUAAAUAAUAACCAAACUGUACUUUUUCAGAUGAACAUCAUCAGCGUGGAUGACUUGGUUUCCCGGCCAAUCACAGUGAUGAACACCAUUCAAGAAGCUGUUCGUGUGGAGAGUCGCUUUGAUUACACACAAGCUUUAAGGUGAGUCUCCUAAAAAUGUUAUCAACUGAUAAUUUGUCACUUGAGAAACGAGAAGGAAGCUAAGCCGAGUUAACUGUCGCAAAGACUUCUGGGACUGGUCCUGGGGCGGGAAAAAAUUCGGCCAAUAGGCCAUUUGCACUAAGAGGUCAUGUGACAUCGUUUUUAUGAAAGUGAAAGUUAUAUGAUUUUUUUCUUCAAAAAACAAUUAGUGGGUCAUGUCUUAAACAAAAUAAUAGUGAUUUUGUUUUUCAAACCUGCUCCAUUUUCUUAAAAUGAGUAAGUUCGUAACUGGUCACGUGACCAAAAUGUGAUUUUUGAAAUUGUGAAUUAACUCUUUCUGAACACAAAUUUUGCUCUUAAACAUCAAGGAGAAUGUUGAAAAGUUGAUGUGGGAACGUUUACAGAACAUCUGAUCGUAACUAUCAAACCUUUAACAAGAUCUAAGCAAAAAGAAGUUUUGGCCGCCAUGUUGGAGGGCAAGAGUAUGCCCUCCAACAUGGCGGCCAAUACAAAUGAUACUACUUUGUUGAAAAAUCAAAGUGCCAUAAAAUAUCUCCCUUAAAUGCGUUUCCCCUCAAAUUUCGGGUGUAAGAUAAUUUUUGUGUGCUCUGUCAAUUUUUGGCAUCAUCAAGAUUCCAACUCAUUGUUUAAAGGAAGCAUUGGUCACGUGACCUCUUAGUGCAAGUGGCCUAUAGCUGACCGGCGCGUCCCCAGUAGCGAUCCCAAGAAUAAUUGCGGGACACUUCUACGGCUCCAGUCCCCUUUUCGUUUCUCCCUUUCUAGGGUGGCGAAUAGUAAACAGUUACCGUCAGUUUCAUCUAAGCGGGACACGAGACAAAAAUAUGUUCUAAUAGAGUGACAGGCAUGACGUGUUUUGCCGACAAAAUUUUGAAGUUUGACAGCCGUUAAAGCAAACUGUCGUGUCAAAGGUUAAGUUGUUUACAUGUUUUUGAUCAGCACGUUCCGCUCAUCUUUUAUUUUUCUCAAUUUUCAGUAAUAUUUCUCGCUCAGAAACAGCACACUUGUUUUUAUGAAUUAUUCGUUGGAGUUUUACAACUCCAGAAAUUCUUCUUAACGUCUUGCGAUGAAUAUUUUGUUGAAAACAAAUCAAGUCGACAAACAGCUGCCUACUUUGCACGUGAAUAUUCGUCCAACGCUACCUCAAACUUCAACAGUUUGGCGGCAAAACAUGCCAUGUUUUCAUCCAUUUAGAGUAUGUUUUUUCGUCACGUGUACGCGCUUAGAUGCAACCGACGGUAUUUGAUGAGGUUUUUGGUAUAACGAACAAUUUUCUUUUCCUUAGUAAUGGUAAAAUAAAAUAUAUAUAAAGAACCUCGAUAUAACAAAACUUCGUCAUAGCCAACAAAGUUUGCAAGUCCCUUGGCUCCUGGUUAUAUCGAGGUUUUACUGUAAUUGGACAGUAUGCGCCAUCGUGCGCGCACCCUAAAAUAUAACAAAUUUUGUCAUAGUUACGAUUAAUUUGUAGCAGAUUUUCGAGUCAUCCAAUUCGUCUGUUAUCAUACUUGUUAUCACACUCGUGAUCAAACAAAUCGAACGAACGCGUGAUUUCUUUUGUCACUCGUACGAUUACAGACCGAACUGGACUCCACUCAGUCCUAUUACCAUUAUUUAUCACUAUAGCUUAACUGAUUAUUUCAAACAUCCGACAGAUACGAUGAAGACACUGGCCUGUACUGCCCGACAUCUUCCACCAAUUUAACGGAAUGUCUAGGGUUUAAAGAAUCAAGGAAGGUACCUAUCAGCCCGCAAACAGAGCAGUAUUUACAGCGGUAUUACUCCAGACAUAACCUGAACCUACUCCGGAUGAACCAGAAAAUCGACUUUCCUCUGCCCAGAUGGAUUCAUGGGUAAUAUGUGCAGCGGCUUGGAGAGGUGGAUGAAGGCAAGAGACUGGGCGCUGGAGAGAUGUGUCGUUCAGUCAACACUGAGGAAAUCUACAGGAUCAUUAAAACAUUCAUAGUAUUUAUAAUAACUUAAGAUUUCCUUUGCUUUCCUUCUAAACACAAAUUCGGCGAACACUUCACGAACCCAUGUGAGAUAAAUGGACUUUGGUUAAAGGAGCUGAGACACCAUUUAUCAAAAUUCAUACUGCAGAAUUCGCCAACAAAUUGAAUGAAACCUAAAUAUAACCUCUCAGAGCUUUCAUUGAAGGUUAAAAUAACACAGCAAAUGUAAAUGAAGCUGGACGGAAAGCUUCAAGAAGAUUGAAAAGGUUUGCAAAGCCUGGCUUUUGAAAACUUGUUGACCUAACAGUUUUUCAAGGUUUACUUUUGUUGUUAGUAACAUUUGAUAUAAUGUUGGAGAGACACGAAGACGAAGCUUUGAUCUUGCCAUUUACAAGUAAUUUCUUCGUUAACCUUACGUUUCAUAGCGAAAUACAAGGAUGUGUAAUUGGCGAUAUGAAACAAUGACUAAAUAGGCAGCCAUGACACAGUCCCUUUAAGGUCAUUAUAAGGCACAAUUUCGGAAAUACAGUAAAAAUAUCUCGAAAAGCGUCGCUUAAACGAGAAUAUUCAAAGAAAUUAUCAAUAACCAAGAGCAACGCGAAAUUUUGUUAUUUUUGUAUAAAGAAGAGAAAAAGAAAUUCAUUUAUAUGAUAAUACGUAAGACGUAACCUUUAUUUUUAUGUUUACAUUCGUAACAAGAGAAGAGUAUAUAUAUAUUGAUUCUAUAUCAUAUAGUUAUAUAUAAAGUUUAUAUUAUCGUAUUAAAGUAUACUAAAAGUUCUACAAAUUGUAUGAUAUAAAAAUAUUAUAAACGAAAUAAAGAGAUAUCCUAUCGAGAUUUUGUGUAAUUAGUCUGAACAUCUCAACUCAACUUAAGGUAAAUGUUGUAGUUAAUUUAUCUCAGGUAAUUUGUAUUUUGUUUGUUUUGUUUCAUCUUCAUUAGCAUACAUUACCAUCCCAAUAACAAAAGAAAACAAAAACAAAAUUACCUGAGAUAAAAAAAAAAUAACCACAACAUAAACAGAUAAAUCAACACAAGUUGUUAGGUUUUGGAUCGUUACGUACGGUUCACUGGGGGUGUAAUUUAAGACUCGUUGCAUGUAUAAACCCCACAUUUGGUUCGGACAUUAUAUAUUGAUCAGACAUAUCAUCACAUUUAUGGCUCAAAGUCAGUGUGUUUCGAUCGUUGUCCUGGCAACACGGAUGAUUAAAAACAAGCUUAAAAUUUUGGAUUUUUUACUUUUACGUCAUUUGAUUUCCUUAUGAAUUUUAUUCUUCGAAAUUAAUUCAGCAGUCAAACUUAACUUAAUUUAGGUCGAUCCAAAUUUUUGUUCGUCUGCUGAAAAGUUCCACGUUUGGCCUUGGCAUAAGUUAAAAAUAACACGUUAAAAGAGAAAAAAACGGACAACAUGUUCAGUAAACCAUUAAAGUAAAAAUCCAAACCUUUGAAUUGAAAGAAUAAGUAACGUGCUUCAGCAAUUUUAAAAAACAACAAAGCAGAACUAAAACUAAAAUAACAACAAAAAUUUCCUAGAAAACCAAUCUGAAAAGGAAACGAAAUAAAGCUUUAGGAAAUGUUACAAAAGUUUCCAUAUGUUACUCCCUGCGUUUUUGUAACAGUGUGGGAUCAGCUUCCGUCCACAAAACCAGCGAAAUAAAAGAAAUGACGUACAUGCUGUGAGAAAAUACUCGAGAGCACAUACAUUUAAGAAAAUAAACUCACUUUUGCCGUUACAAGCAAGCUACAUUACUUCUGAGCAACUCAAGACAUGAGCUUCCCUCAAGUGAUAGCAGCUUUUCACGGACUUUUUGUGAUGCGAUACAUUUUACUGGCAAGUCUCGCUUUAUAAGACUGUCUGCUGUUGGUACUCGUAAACUCACUGCGCAUCAAAAGUAUAGCUCAAGAAAAAUGGUUAUAUGGCCAAACCAUGUGUUACAUCAAUCCAUUCUUCGUUAGAUACUUCUACAUCAACACGGUUCUUCACUUGGUAGCAGUGUCCUAUGAUCGAUACCUAGCGAUAGUCAAGUCUCCUCUGACGUAUGAUGGCACCAUCACAAAAACCAGAGUAGUUUUAUCAGCUCUCAUCUGGAUAAUCCCUAUUCCACUUUCCAUUGGUCCAUUCUUUGGUUGGAGAAAGUACGUUUACAACCCAGUGGUUUCCUUCUGUGAGCAGGAAUGGGCUGUCUAAAGUGACUCGACUGCAGGUCAUUUUAUCGUUUUAUCGAUCGCGAUGCUUAUCGCACCAUUCGUGGUUAUUGUAUUCCUUAACGGGUCUGUGUACAAGGCUGCGAGAAGGCAGAUAAACGCCAUUGAAGUCCAAGUAGGAGGUCCUCAACAGCAAGAGAUCGCAUCGAGGCGACUAAGAGAUCGGAAGGCAGCUGUCGAUGUCACCAUUAUCAUCGCCACGUUUUUGCUGUGUUAUCUUCCACUCUGGAUUACAGGCAUUUGUCGCCAGUUCGUCUCAGGAAUCGAUUUUCCGGCCGAGGCAGUUCUUGCGACAAUGUGCAUUUUCUUCCUCAGCGCGGUAUGCAACCCGAUUAUUUAUUCCAUCCGCAAAAGAGAAUUCCGUAAAGCGGUGAAGAAGAUGUUGAGGAAGGUAGGAGUUUGUCAAGAUUCUAACGAAAACGACAUCUUUUGAGCGGCGGAAAGUUGUGAGAAGUGGCAAGGAAGUCACUAGCCUGUCACUAGCUGGGAAGUCACUAGAUUUUACCGACGAAAAAUGUGCAGUUUUUAGAAACUGAGAGAGAAACAGUAACCGUUGCAGAUUGUAUUUACGAAAGGCGCAGUCUGUCUCAGAUGGACCGAGUUGUUACGGCCACAAAAUACGACUGAAUAACUUUUUCCAGAAGAAUUGUAAACCUUCACUGAUCAUGAAACUUCGAAAUAAAAAGUUAUUUAAGACAUUCAUUGUAUCAUGUGUUGCUGUUACUUGGUUAUCGGAUUUUUACCCUGAAAGAAUAGUUCAUUGCCAUUUAGGACGUAGAAAAGAAUGAAAAAAAAAAAAUUAAAUUUGUUAGACCAGGAGCCGAUUGGCUCCUGGUCACACAAAAUAACCAGUUAUGUAAUCGAAUCACUUAAAUUUUCUGAAAACCUUCGAUCAUAUUACAGCUGAUAUUAGGCGAAAUGAUGGUGACGGGAAAUCAAACCGUUUUCUGAUGCAGAUUCAGUUAAUUCUAUGCAUCAUUUCAUUUUACUGUUUUUUUUUUAUUUAUAAACUUCGCCAAGAGGCCUGGAUCACUCACAGAGCAAGCUCCACUACAAGGUCCAGAAAAAAGAAAGAAAAUUAGUAAUACAACUAACAAGAAUGACAAUACUUUAGAAAUGACCAAAAAAAAAAAGAAACGGAAAUGCAAAAACAGAAUUGGGGAGGACAUCGAUAAAAAAUCAACAACACAUACGAUCGAGCAAGCUGUUCAAUGGCCGACUAGUGUGGCACUUAAUAAACACACCCUCAAAGGUCUGAGGGGUGCCGACAUCAUAAACAGACUUAGUGAGAUACAAGUAGUAAUUAAAAAGAUCUCUCUUAAAGUGCGCUACUGAACAGUCAGUGCUCAUGAGGUGGGCUGGGAAAGUAUUCCAGAUUCUUGGGGCUCUACAGUAAAAACUGUUAUCAAAGGUGACGGUGUUGGCCCUAAUCGUAUUCAACAGCGUAUCCUUGGAGGAGACAGUGCGCCUGGGUCUAGUGGAAUUCAUGACAGAAAUAAAAGGAUCCGAUAGACUAACUAAACAUUUGAAUACGUACACAAAAUCUAAAAAUUCGUGCCAAUAACAUAAUGGUAGUAGCCCAAGCCUCUGCUUGUAACUAACUUCACACCGAUACGGCAAAGACAGAAUGAAUUUUGCUGUGCGCCGCUGAAUUCUUUCUAUGACAAGGAUAAGAUUAACAGCUUGGGGAGCCCACACCUGCGAGCAAUAUGCGAGGUUUCUGUGAACUAGUGACAGGUAAAGUAACUUGCGAGCUCACUGGUCAUGAGUGUCGCAAGCUGAUCUCCGGAGAAAGCCAAGCUAUUGGCCUUCGAAUAAGCUGCCAACACUUGGGAGUUCCAUUUCAGAUGUUUAGUAACUAAAUCCCCAAGGUCCUUCUGAGCUUCCAUCGUCUUAACUUUGACAUCGGAUAAUUUAUAGGGGAAGUGAAACGGGCUGGCAUUUCUGGUAAUAGAAAGUAGCCCGCACUUGGAUUGAUUUAGAUCCAUUUGCCAGAGAUCACAUCAUUGGUUGAAAUGUGGUCGAGGUCGCGCUGUAGACAAGCACCAUCCUCUAUGCUUUUGAUUGACCGGUAGCACUUCGUGUCGUCAGCAAAGAGAGCAACAGAUGUUGAGGAUGCCACGUCAGGAAGAUCAUCAUACAUAUUUGAGGAACAAGAGUGGACCAAGUAUUGAUCCUUGCGGCACACCUGAUAACACAGGGAGAUUUCUCUUGGAAUAACCUUCUUCUAGGUUCAAAGUGUAGGCUUUUAUAGGUUUAUCCAUAAUCAUAGACUGUUAGUUGGUUUUUCGGGUUUUUCAGGCAGACGAAGGUAAGCGGGAAGCGAGCGAAGAGCGCUUGACACGCUUGACAUACGAGCGAAGGCGCAAAAAACCACUUACAAUAAGUAGGACUUGAAAUCUAAAACUCGCCAGAACGGCUUUAAAAUGACUUUCUAGGCGAACAGGACGAACCGAUUAUAAAACACACAACAUAACUGACAAAAGGAGAGUCAUUUUAUUUUGAAUCUUUUCAAAAAGCGCAAGUUAGAACAUAUUUUGCAAUCUCUUAAGGCUGGUUUUCACUAACGAUGGAGUCAGAGUCGGAGUCGUAAUCAGAAGCGUAGGACUUUACGAUUUAGCGUAAUCGGCGUUGUGAUUAAUCCGUUUACGACUUCGUCGUUUACGAUCAAGUGAAAACUGAAUCGCCGGAGUCGCAAGCAGGAGUGGAAGAACUAAACCAAUCACAAAGCGUGGGAACGUGAUUUGUGAUUGGUUUAUCCCUUCGCUUUUGCUUCCGACUCCGACAAUCUGGUUUUCGCAUAAGCGGAACGAAGCGGAGUCGGAAGAAAAUGGAAACGUUCUGAUCAGUUCCCACUCCGAUUCCGUCGACCCUAUGACUCUCCUUACGACUCCAAUUUUAGAUUUUCCCUAGGUCAUAAGCGCUCUUAUGACUCCGAUUACGAGUCCGACUCCGACUCCGUCGCUAGUGAAAACCAGCCUUGACAAAAUUCAAGUUCCAACCAACUCCCAUAAAGCCUGGGCAACCUGUGGCAGGACCAAUAAAGUUAUGGGGGGAUUGGGGAAUUUUGUUUUCUUUACCGUUUCCCUUGUAUGAAUUUUUUAGGCCAGUGUAUGUAUAUUUUUUAGGGUUACUUGGUGUGCAUGAAUUUUUUUAUUAAAGUUUCUCUUGCGCGAAUAUUUUUUUGCACUUCGCCCGCCUCUCAUUAGUUUUCCAAUGUCCGUAAAUUACGUCCACAGGGUUUAACCAACAGAGACGAUAUGACGGAGAGCUAGCUGACCUUCUUAGACGACUAAGAUUUUCCGUUUUCUAUGAGUUUAUUAGCUUGAUAUUGAAAUGUAAGGUUUUGACCAUUCAGAACGCGUGCAUUUUCUCAUAUAUUUUAGAAUGCUGUUUUUUCCCGGCCCAUGCUGGAUAUUUCUUGUUUUUCUGCCGAGUUUAGGCUGAAAAUACUCGUGUAUCAUUCUUAAAUGAAAAAAAUAAGGACAUAUACUGCCCAUAAGUAUUAGAUGGGCCGUUCAUCAAACACUGAACAUUCGGCUUUAGUUAGUGCUGGUGUUUUUUCGUUUUCAUUGGCUUGUUUUGCCAUUUAGAUAUAGGAAUAAUUUUAUUAGUUACGUUAAACACAUAAUUGCAUUUUAUGAACAGAUUUUCAAAGCACAAAAUUAUACCCUUCAGCUUGGAGUUUAUUCUUAAAAUAUUCCCAAUCGCAAAUUUCAGCCGCGAUAUUCUUAUAAAAUAUAUACAGUUCUUAUAUAAAGAAAAAAAGAGUGUAGCCCCGGUAAUCAUUAUAGGCGAACUCUCAUUGUCAUUAUCGGCAGUGUAUAAAAGACAAAGACAAACAAACAAACAAACAAACAAAUAGAUCAAGUGCAGUCUGAGAACAACCUCCUUCCCGUAGGGACGGGUAGGAGAGAAACUUUUAUACUAAUGACGGUACCCAAAUCUUGCUGUUUUAACAAAGGUCAACCGAAGGAGACACGCGUGUCUCCUUCUCGCGCGCCCGUUUUUUUCUUGUGCCCACUACUUCCAAGCGCCUGCUACGCAGGCUAUCAAAGAAGAACGGCUUAACCGUUCGUAACAUCGGGAAUACUCAUGUCGCUUUGUUUUUUGCUGGUAGGAGAGAACCCUGGGAACGAGGUUGAGAAAACAGCCAAUAUUUCGCGACGCCGCGAAUGGUUUCCCCGCAAAGGUGUAGGACUAUUUUGGUCUUAAUCAUAAUUAUAACAAAAUUCUUAAAAUUGAUUGGCCACCAACUAUGGCUCUUGGUCGAUGCCCGCGAAGCUGACCAAAAGAUGGGUACAAGAUAAGGUAUUUAUUUUUUACAAGCAAAACACUAUCGGAAUCUUAGUGCUGUGUUUUAUUUUAGAAAAGCUUAAGGUAUCACACAUUUUGUUUUAGUCACAAUUUUAGAGCUGUCCCUAUUUGGUGCAGUGACUAUUCGGGAAAAAUUUAUUUUUAACGUUCCAAAUCAGGACAUUAUCAAAUUACUUGGCCGGGACUACCCCUAAAAAGCACCGGAAGCCACAGCCACUGAUCUGUGAUUUCUUUCGUAAGAAAAGGAAAGUAGAAAAAAUAGCGAAAAGGAACUAACAUUUUUACAACAAGAACGCUCUUACAGCAGAACCCAGAUUUUUUUUCGAUCGCCGCUCAGUAGUGUUCCGUAGUGUUUACUUGUUCCAAAGUAAUCAACGCUUUCAAGCGAUAUAAUUCGUGAACCGACACGUUUCGGAAAAGCUCUAAAUUUAAUCUUUCCUAAGCUUUCUUCAGAAAAUAUGCGUGGCUUCGAUCACACAACAAUUCUUAGUCCCAGUUUCCACGUCCUCGGAGACUCAGGGGCGGUCAGUCGGGUCGGGAGAAAGGGCGGGACGAAAGUUUUCAAGUACGUUUCGACCCGCCUUUUCUCCCGACCCGACUGACUGCCCCUGGGUCUCCGAGGAUGCAGUUUCCAUGGUCUCCUCUGGGAACGCCUGGCACAAUGACGUCAAUGACGCUCUUUUGCGUCCUAAAUACGAAGAAAAACGGGCAGAAAAACGCUUUGCAGAUUAUGAGUCUCGUUGUCUACGAAAGCGAGACUAAUAAUAAUUUCCGGUUCGUGUUUGCAAUCUUGUUUUGCGUGUUAUUCUAAGCUCAAGCUGUCCAAAAUCAAUAAAGAACCAAGCCGAAAACUGAUAAUAGUUGUAUAUUACCGAUUUUAAAUGAAAAACUUUUUUACGCAAGGAGGGGCCUAUGUAACCCGGAACAGAUAAAAAAGGAAAUCAGAGGUUUUUAACAUCUCAACUGGAGGAAGUGUAAUGUUUUAUCAUAAAUCAAUUAUGAACUUCCACGGAAGGAAGGGAUGGAUAUUUGGUCAAAAAUGCGCGAAAACUGCGCGAAAAACAUUUCUGAUUUAAACAGUAGUAUAUAGGGAAGGGAGGGUGCUUUGAAGUAACUUUCAAUUUUCAGUCCCAGAUUUGAUUAUUAUCAAAGAAGUUAAAUCAUAUCUUUUAAUUUAUAUUUACCUGUAUUGAACUAAAAAAUAUAUUGCUUCUUUACUUUACUGAUAUUUUUGUACUCGUCGUGUUGGAACGUUCAAGGUCACUGUUAUGAUAAUUUUGUUAUUCUCCCUACCCCCGUGAAAAUAUGUCGUUGUGUUUCGCACAUGCGGCGUGUAUUCAUACGUAAGAACAUGUAGCUUGUUCAAGCUGCGUACUUUCGAUGCAGAAGAAAGAAUGAGAUUGUGGCGAUUUCGCACUGGAUCGAUUCUUCGAAGGUUUUUUAUUGGAUUAGUCAUCUUAAGCAUAAUAUCAUGUUGGAUUUUAGUGUACCACGCUUCGAAGGAUUUGAAAGCUGCGAAACGUGCGCCCGUGUUCACAGAAGAAAAAUGCUAUCAGCGACGAACUUCAAGCACUGUUCAUUUAGGAUCUCCAGACCUCUACGAGUUAGGGAACAAUAUAUCUCACAAACUAGAGAAAAGACUCUUGGUUGCAAUUCGAAAAACUUCCAUAACGUUUCGAGCGGAGAUCGCUGCAGAAUUAGAAGCAAAUCGCUUCCCUCAUCAAUUUGUUUAUCUCGAACCUGGAGACAAAACGGUUAUUCCAGAGCUGACGAAUUUAGGUGUUGGAAAGUUUUCUGCUGUGAUAUUUGAAAGCAUCAAGUUUUAUUUAGCGCUAGGAAAAGUCAACAAACAAUUGAUCGACGAUUAUUGUCGUAAAUUCGCUAUUGGAAUUAUUUUAUUUUCAGAACAAGAAGUGUACGAACCCGAUAUACAUGCAUUCAAAGAAUUUCACUUAGCUAUUAAGACGGGUGUUGAUAAUCUUCAAGAUGUCGAACUUAAUCCAAAGGCAUGCUUACUUAGACUCACUCGAGCAGGCGGUAUCAUUGAGAAACCUACGAGUUCAAAAUGGAACGUGUUCUUUCCAAAUCAUAGCACUUACGAAGCUGUUGAAUUUGCGACACUGGAAGUCACGACUACAACAUUGCACCUCGAUAAUCACGAGGACAAUUUUCUAAAUGAGAAAGUCACAAGAACUCGAUACACUACAGUCCUUGCAGAUCUUGGACUCGUCGAUGGCAUACGACGUGUUUACUUCGGAAGUGGCUUGUCUUUUUGGCUUCAUAAGUUAUUGUUCAUCGACUCCCUGUCAUUUGUCUCUAGAGGGCAAUUUGCACCAUCCCUCGAAAGAAAAAUUGUUGUAGACAUCGAUGAUAUAUUUGUUGGGAGACCAGGGAUUCGCAUGACCAAAGAAGAUGUACAGGUAGUAGCUUAUAUAUAUUUUAUAGCCAAUAUUUCUUUUAUUUUGCAUUGAUAAAGCCAGUUAUCAUUCAAAACUCUUCUUGGCUUCUCCAUAGCAUUUUUAAUUAUUUCACAAACAUGCUAUUGAUUUGCUCAAUACAAAUAAUUGUUAGGCAUGUAGUUAUUGAUAGGCACAAAUUUUUGAAAAGAACUCAUUGUAGCUAUUGCUAAAAUGUUAAUAUUUCCUCCUGCCCGCUGUCUUGUUGUAUAAAAACGGAUCCUCUCCUUAAAAUUAAAGGAGAUUAACAGGUAAACAUCAAAUUUAAAUUGCUUUCAGUAGAUUAUUUUAAAUGUUUAAUUAUGUUCCUAAAUUGUGUCUGAAUAAUUUAGAGGCUUCUAAGAGGGAUAAGUUCACCAUAGCUACACUAUCCUUUCUUUUAUAAAACUCUUUGAAAUCCCAAAGCAAGCAAAAAGGGAACAACAGAAAUAAAACAUAGUUAUCUUAACAGCUAAAGUAUUACAUGCAUCAUCCGUAAAUAAGCUUACUUCAAGUGAAAAAGAGAUGCAGUUGGUGUUCAUUAUUCUUUCAAGACACUUAUGAUACAAUAAAUUGGUCUAUAUGAAUAAUUAUUCUAAAACACAUUUGUAUAAAUAUAUGACUUGUACCACUGAAACCCAGUUCAUACAGACACUAAAGGCACACGCCAAAACCUCAGAAUUGUCACGAUGUCUGUAUUGAGCAGGCAUUCAGAGAUAACUGCCAACUCAUUGACACUUGUUUUGUGCAUGGUCAGACUAAAGCAUACAUCUUUUAUGCAACAGGAUAAUGUGUUAUGUCUCGACUGUCGUUUAAAUGCAUUUGGGUGAACUUUUUGCUUGUGGAGUGAUUGUCCCAAGGGGGACUAGAAUUAGGGUGAGGGGAUGGGGAGCUCCCAAAUAAAAGGAUGGGGAUGCUUGUCUUCUUGCCUAAGGGUGUACAUUGCAGAUUUUGUCUCACUUAGGGUGUUCAGGUUGAUAAAUCAAUAUAUUUACCCAGGGCUGUUAACCCCCCAUGUCUUUAAAUAUUGAGAAUUGAUAGAGAAGGAAUGAUAUAUAGGUGACAUCAUAAGGCACGACACAUGACAUCAUUAAAUUUGUGCAAAAAAUGCCUGUUGACUCUGAUCAUCACAAAUGUGCAAUGACACAAAACGUGCAAAAAAGAUGCUGUUGGCAUUUGUAACAUUUGACCUGAUUGGUUUAUUUCCCACCAAUCACAUUAUCGCUUAUAUUACAAUGGCAUACCAGAGUUUAUGAGGAAACGUUUGACAUUAACAGUUAAGUGACUCAAACAAUGCAAAAUAUUUAAAAUAAAACAUUUUAUUGUCGGAAAGUUGAGUCAACAAGAAUGGCAAACUUUGGCGAUUAGCCUUGAGAUUUCAGACUCUAAUCUCAGGAGACAGGGAGGUACAGUCUAAAAUCUGGAGUCACCCGGAUUAUUCGGUAGAGUUGACAGCUCUGCCAAAUCUGUCAUAUUUGUUUCUCAACACUUAGUUGGGCAAGAAUUAACAGUUGAUAUAAAACAAAGUGAAUGUGAGUAUAUUUUUAUAAUGGUGCACCGCCACUGCUAAAGUUCAAGAUUUUCCUAGUUGCUUAAAUACACAUAAAUGCACGUCUUUCCAGCAUAACCCCUGGCCCCACUGCCUCCUUCCCAAAAUGAAAGGUUUCUUGGGGAGGCCUCCUGCAGACUCCUUCAAUGAUAUUUUCCCUUUCUAUACCUACCCCUACCUACAAGAGCCUAGUCUUCCCGCCCUGACUUAAUUUUUUCUUUGUCCUAUAACGUUUCUGGAGAGUACUGCUAUCCAUAAAUUACAGGUACAGUCAAACCCCACUUUACGGACACCCGCUUAAUAUGGACGCCUCAUACAAUUAUUAUUUUCUCUAAAUUCAACCUGCUGAAUAUGGACACCCCGUUAAUACGGACACUUUCUAUGGCCCCCUCAGUGUCUUUAUUAAAUAUAUGGGGUUUGACUGUACUUAUAUAUAACAAACAAUGUCCUAUCAUACUUUGUUGUGUUUACUGUUUCCAUAGAAACUGUAAAACACUGUUCAGUCAUGUUGUGUCUGUAAUGUCUGUAAGUAAGAGAGGUGAUAUUUCUGAAGGCCAGAUACCAAAUAUUGUAUGAUUCAGUUUGUAAACAUGGAGAGUCUAUCGCGCUCUAGUUGUUGCUAUUAUAUCAAUAUAUAUUUUUUCUAGUCAAAAGAAAUUUUGCAAAAAGAGGUUAAUAUUACUGUGGUCUUCAGCAUGCUGCAAAACAUGAAGAUAAAGUGUGACUUGUUGUGUUGAAAAAAUAUUUUUGUUUCAUUUUCUUUUUUUCAGCGGCCUGCUAUAUUGACAGAGCAAGCUGAGAAAAUCGCAAUUGCACAACAAACAUAACAAAAACUGUAAACACAGCAUUCAAUGUUAACAUCUUUAGGACAAUGACAAUCACUAUAGCUCUUAUGUGGCUGUUUGUUUUAGUACAGUGCGGGCCAGAACUUAGAGAACCAAAAUAUAGAAGUGAUAAAUGUCUGGAAAGAUAUGUACAUGCGUCAGGCCAGAGGCGUACAUGAUCACAAGGCUGAAGUGACGGACAUGUGUUACUGGUCAAAAUUAAAUUUAGGCUAAAAUUUUGUAAAGCAGGUGGAUUCUCAAUUUUCUUUGUCUCCUAGCCCUAAUUAUUCAUGAAUUAGGGCUAGGAGACAAAGAAAAUUGAGAAUCAACUUUUUGUAGGUUAAAAUUUUUUUUACCUGAAUUUAAUUUUGACCUGUGAUACAUGCAUCUGCUCUGAAAUGCAUCAUUGCAUAUUUAGACUCAUUAUUAUGUAUGAGCUAUCUCUUUUGCACUUUAAGUGAAACCCAGAUUGGUGUCCAUUUGGGGUUUAAAUCAAAUUUUUUGGCCAGCAUCCCAAUUGACCUGCCAAAUGUUUUUAAUAUGUAUUUUUUCUUGAUUGUAGUAUUGGACAGCAUCUUUUUAAGUUUUGUUAUUGGUUUAUUACAGGCAAUGAUUUCAGUUCAAAAGAAACUCCAAGAGUGGGUACCAGGCUUCCAUUUCAACCUUGGUUUCUCUGGUGGUUAUUUCCUACAUGGUAAUGAUGAGGAAGACGAGGGGGAUUGGGAAUUAGUAAAGAAUGCCGACAAGUUUUGGUGGUUCAGCCACAUGUGGCUUCAUCAAAAAGCUCAUACAAGGAACACUUUAGAAGAGAUGGUGGAAGAUCUGAAGAAAAACUUAGAAUUUGCAAAGGUGAGGGGCAGGCUGAAAGCACAGACUUUUGAUUAGAGAUGCUAUAACCUCCUGAGAUUUAAAAUCUGGAGGUCUACCCUCUCUUUUGCAGUACCCCCCAAAUAUAAUCAACCAAUCCCCCCUGUAGCCCCCCCACCCUGAUAAACACAAAUUGACCCAGUUCCUAUAUUUAUUAUAUGGUUGUGGCAGCUCAGGGCUUUUAAUGCAGUCUGACUUAUGUACGUAGGGUGUACAGAUCACUAAAAUUCACUUUUAUGUUUGUAAUGAUGUAAUAAUCUUUGUCAGUGAUGAAACGUGUGCAAAAAUGCCCUAGAUAACCAUAUCAUGAGUCAAAAUAUUUUUUUAAAAUUUGGAAAAAUAAUGGAUAGUUAAAUUUCCUGGCAGCUGCUGCUUAGCUACAUCCCAGCUUACUUGGGAAGAAAUAUCACAGUUCACCUAUGCCUUGUUGUACCAUUGCAACCCUGCUCAUGAUCUUAUGUCAAAUUAUCCCUUCGCAUAACUGACAUGGAGCUUUUUCAGUACACUCGACCCUUAAUGCUGAGCAUUUUUAUUCUUUCCUGAUUUUAAUUAUGAAGGCCCUGUUCGCACUACGACAAAAAGUAGAGUUUGGUCUAUGCAAAAAAAUGGACAAUUUUGUUAUCACCAAUAUAUUUUUUUUGCAACCUUGUUUGCAUCUGAGACAUGGAAAAGUUUUUGUAUAACCAGAAACUUCAAUUAAAGGAACAUUGAUUGGUCAUGUUUGUGAAAUAAGAUAACCUGACAAAGGAUAACUGUCAAGGAACAAAGGAUUUUGUUGUCUGACAAAAAUUAUAGGCCUCCAAAACUUCUCUUUUGAAGUUUGGUGGCACUUUAGAAAAUUUUGGAAGGUGAAAAAAAUCGUUCACACUAGAAAUGACUUCCUUUUGACAGAUUUUUUUGCAAAACAAACAAAAUUUUGCGUAUUGUGAACAGGGCUUAAUAUAGAGUGGUGUGAAGAGUCUUUGACAUCAAAGUAAGUGAUUGAUGAUAGCCUUGCUUCUUUCUUUUUGACAAGGAACAUAACAUUCCUGUGAAUACCACUUACGCUGUUGCUCCUCACCACUCGGGCGUUUUCCCUCCACAUGAUAUUCUCUAUGAGGCUUGGAAGAGAGUUUACGGUUUAAAAGUGACGUCAACUGAGGAAUACCCCCAUAUUUAUCCAGCAAGGUUCCGCAGAGGCUUUGUCUAUAAAAAUAUCAAGGUAAUAAUCUACAUUUUGCAACAGUAAUACCAAGACAAGCAUUCUUGAAUACUGGCUAUGGUCAAACUUUGAUGUGUGGUGACAACAGUCAAUUCUCUAACAGCUGCAAUUUAAACAUAAGGGUAUACCCUAAAGUUGACCCAUGAUAAGGUGUAAGGGGUUAAUUAAAAGUGUUUGGAGUCAAUAGUGAGCAUAUGUUAUAAGGGGGUCACUGCUGGAUUAAUGGCAACGCUUUUGUUGAUCUGUUAGUAAGUCCAAAGGUUAUAGCAUGCGUGCAAGAUCCAAGGUCAAAAUGCUUAUGCUCAGUAACACUUUGCUUUGCACAAGUUCCAUGUGAUAAAAGGUUGAAACAUGCGUGAUCAGAUCACGAGUGAUAGAAAAUCAAAAACUGUGUGGUCAGAUUGGGUUCUUUGCAUUCCAUUAAUUUUUAUUAGAAGUCUAAACAAAAUUCAAUGUAUGCUAAAAAAUGUGCAGCGCAUGGGUAAUAGUCCAGGCAUUUUGUCGUCGGACCUGUAACUAAUUGCAAAAGAAGCUUUCUCAUCAUUUACCAGUUAGAAAUAUCCCAUACAUGAACAUACCAAAAGUCCCCAAAGAUCCAAGCAUGGGAACACCUCUAAACAGGACUCUUAACAUGAGUCCCUUUUUCCCAUAGCAUGAAAACGAGGCUGUAAACCGGAAGUUAGUGUUUUGCUUUUGUUAUUGAUAUAAAUCGAGCCAUUUCGUCCAAACUAAGAAUAUAUUCUUAAGAAAAAAUUAUUUUAAGGCUUUAACCGUGAAAAAAUUUCCCAAAAAUGUAUCAUUUGAAUAAGUAAAAUAUUAAGGAUUUUUAGAAUCUAUGUAAACUCCCCAGCAGUGAGAUUUGAUUUUGCUGAAACAUUACGAGACAAAAUUGCUUAAGACUCGCGACAAAAAAGUCCUAUAUAAUCACCAGAAAACCCCUCUUUAACUCAAUUCUACAUGUGCCUUAUACAAAAUUAAUUUUUAAAUACGCUAGUCUUCCGAAUCUUAACUUUCGUAGCCUACAGUGUUCGAAAAAUGUGUGCUUGUGAAGACCCUUUGCAGGCCGGGAACACUGUAUACCAUUCAGCAUUUUUGCGACAAAUGCACCUCAUACUGGUAGCCUACAGUCAGACUAACAGUUGCACCUGAUUAACUAAAGAAGCGAUUCUGGGGCAGGCGGCAAGUCCGUUGCAACAGAAAAUACUUGAUGUCGAGCCUUACUUCACGAGCAUAUUGUUAAAACAGUUUCUUCCUGCUUCUCAAGUUAAGCUCAAAUUAAUCGUGUUCAGCACGUGUUUGACAGAUUGACUUUAACCACAAUAAUUCACCCGGGGUGAACACGUUAGUGUUUAGUAAGUUGUUUUAUUGCUCUUCCGCCUGGUCCAAUGCAGCGGACACUAACCUUCUCAAGCUCCAAGCAGUACAGAACUUUGCAGACCAGAUUAUCUGUGCUUCCAGAAAAUUUGAAAAUUUGAAUUUACUCCGCUUCUGAAAGAACUACAUUGGCUACCUAUUAAAUAUAAUCUCAGCUAUACCUCCGUGACGCCGUGCUUGCUUUUAAGUAUGACUGGCUCCGCUUCUACUUACCCCUCAUAGACGUUUUCAGAAGCUCCCAACUUCUGCAUAUACCCUUAUUUAAAACCGUAAAUCUGGACAAAGGACAUUCUUUUACCGUAUAGUAAGUCUGUGGAACAAUUUAGAUAAUUUCCUCAAACUCUGUAACUCU